GCUCACUCAUGGCCUUAAUUAAUGGUAGCUUGUUCUUUCAAGUCAUAACGAAAUUCCAAGAAAGCCACAUCCAUCUAUAAUUAAUUCAAUAAAAUCACCUAAUAUUUUAAUUUCCAACUUAUAUUUAUUCUUUUUUUUCUUCCAUUUAUUAUCCUAUCCUAGCUUCAAAUUACUCUUUUAGAUUCAAAAUUCACUCUCUUGGAGAUGGAUCUUGAUGAAUGGGAAUCAGUCUCUGAUGAUGGCUACUUUGAGAUGGAAUAUUUGUAUCCAUCACCACCAAGAAAACAAAACCAACUUGUGCCUUUACAAAUUCCCUUGGAACUCAAAAUUGGUAACACAUCAAAGGAUGUUUUGUUGAAAGACAUAACAAAGAAUCAAUCUUUUGUAGAUGAUCAAGAAGAAAAUGUGUCGCAAGUUUUCUUUAAGAUUAAGGAAAAUGAAUUUGUUGACAUGAAAAUUGAGUCACCAAAGUCAAGUAGUAGCAAAGAGAUUGUUACUUCACCAAGAAUGGUUAUUGAGAAAGAUGUGUUUGGUAAGAAAGAGGAUUCAAGUUGGGAAGAAGAGAACAAUAGUGGUUUUAGUUUGUGGAAAUGGAGUCUUAGUGGUGUUGGUGCUAUUUGUACUUUUGGUGUUGUUGCUGCUUCUAUCUGUGUUGUGUAUUUUGGAAGCCAACAAAGGAAGAAACUUCAACAAGACAAGAAGAUUAUGUUCCAAAUCUAUGCUGAUGACAAGAGGAUUAAGCAAGUGGUGCAGCAUGCAACAAAAUUGAAUGAAGCAAUUUCCGCAGUAAGAGGAGUUCCUAUAACAAGAGCUCACAUAACAGUUGGUGGCAACUAUGAUGUUUUUGAUUGAAGCAUCAAUUAAAUGCAUAAGUUCAUGAAACAUUUGAAGUGUCUAAUGGGAAACAGUUGCAAAGAAUCUAAUAAUCUAGCUUUAGCAUAUAUUAUGUAAAUAAGAUUAUGCACUAUGAUGUUCCCUUAUUACUCUUACUUGUUCUGGAUAUAUAAUACAUAUAUUCUAUAUUGUAAAUUAAGUAUAAAAAAAACUAGCAGCUAGCUUUAUAAUUA